GUGGCAAAAAAGAUGUGCCCUUUGUCUUCAAGGGUUGCAGAGGGUGGCAACUACUGACUGGAGAAUACUGGCGCUGCAAGGUGACAUGUCAAGUACCAUGAACUCCAAGUCAAAAUCCAUAGGGGUGAUCGGAGCCCCUUUCUCAAAGGGACAGCCACGAGGUGGGGUGGAAAAAGGCCCUACAGUAUUGAGAAAUGCUGGUCUGCUGGAGAAACUUAAAGAACAAGAGUGUGAUGUGAAAGACUAUGGGGACCUGCCCUUUGCCGAUGUCCCUAGCGACAUUCCCUUUCAAAUUGUGAAGAAUCCAAAGUCUGUGGGAAAAGCCAACGAGCAACUGGCAGGUGUGGUGGCAGAGGUGCAGAAGAACGCCAGAGUCAGCCUGGUGCUGGGUGGAGACCACAGUUUGGCAAUUGGAAGCAUCUCUGGCCAUGCCAGGGUCCACCCUGACCUCGGAGUCAUCUGGGUGGAUGCUCACACAGAUAUCAACACUCCACUGACAACCACAACUGGGAACUUGCAUGGACAACCUGUGUCUUUCCUCCUAAAGGAACUGAAAGGAAAGAUCCCUGAUGUACCAGGAUUCUCCUGGGUGACUCCCUGCAUAUCUGCCAAGGAUAUUGUGUAUAUUGGCUUGAGAGACGUGGACCCAGGGGAACACUACAUUUUGAAAACUCUGGGUAUUAAAUACUUUUCAAUGACUGAAGUGGAUAAGCUGGGAAUUGGCAAGGUGAUGGAAGAAACACUCAGCUAUCUACUGGGAAGAAAGAAAAGGCCAAUUCAUCUGAGUUUUGAUGUUGAUGGACUGGACCCUGCUCUCACACCUGCUACUGGCACACCUGUCAUGGGAGGUCUGUCCUACAGAGAAGGUCUGUACAUCACAGAAGAAAUUUACAAGACAGGGCUACUUUCAGGACUAGAUAUAAUGGAAGUAAACCCAUCUCUGGGGAAGACACCAGAAGAAGUAACUCGAACAGUGAACACAGCAGUAGCAAUAACCUUAGCUUGUUUUGGAGUUGCUCGGGAGGGUAAUCAUAAGCCAACAAUUAACUACCUUAACCCACCUAAGUAGGUGUAAAAACAAGAUAUAAAAAUCACAGAGCUAAUAACAUUUAGCAAAUCUAAUAAUACACUUAAGCCUAUAGUUAUUCUUCCAAAAUCUAUUCUUUUAGAAAACAUCUUCCAAUUAGUAUGAAUUCUACAAAUUCCUGCUUGGUGUUAAAUACAAGAUUUGGAAAUUCAAACUUUUGUAAAAUUAAAAAGCUUAUAUUUUCCAUUUUAGCAAAAGACAACUUUACACAGAGGCAUACUUUAAUUUCCAAAUAAUAUACUGGCAUCAAAAAUAAACACACAACAAUACAAGCUCUCCACAGAGUGGAACUCUUUGAUAUUAGGAGACAGAGCUACCCAACCUGGAAAGGUAGCCAUGUGUCCAUAUGGGUCAAAAGAUGUGAUUUUUGUAAUAAACUCUUUAUAAUAAAACUGUUGUCUACAUGUUUCCAAAUAUACACACACACCUAUGCGUAUAUAUAUAUAUAUAUAUACACCUAUAUAUAUACAUACAUAUACACACACAUAUACAUACGCCUGUAUAUAUAUGCACACACACACACACACACACACACACACACAUCCUGUUUAACUGCUGUAUUUUUAAGUCAGUGAAAUCAAUAUCCCCAAAACACUGUCAGACCUUGGUGAAGCUAUUAAAACUCUGGCUCUGGUUUCUUCAUCUGUAAAAUAGAUAAUCAUGGGCUUGGGCAAUCUCUUAAGUUCAUUAAUAUUAAAUGACCCUAUUUAACUUUUUCUAAACCUUAAAUAUGAUAUUGGUUGAUAUUGUAAGCAUAGUUGCUAUUCAGGUUGCAAGGAAAGGAGAAGAUACUCCCCUAAAUAGUUACAGGAGCCAGAGUAAUCAAACUGCUUUUUUUGUUUCCAAUAUCCCCUAAUUCAGAUUAGAAUUUCACCUAAAAUUAUCUGUGGCUACAAAAUGUCCCAACCUUUACUCAUUGCAAUUAUAGUAUAUAUCACUAGCUAAAAUCCUUAAACAUCCUGAAAAUGUACCUUGGCUAUGGCACAUACAUGGGAAAGAAGAAAAAGCAAAUGACAAUAAACAUCUCUUCCUCCUUUCCCCAAAGCAUACAGGAACCCAAGGAAACUAAUGAAGCAGUUUCCAUGGAAGGACUUUUAUUGUGUUAUUCUAACAGUUAUGUUAAGAGUCUCUACCAUCUGAUUUUUUACAUGUAAACUCAGGAUUGGAAACCUAGUUAUUGCCUCUAUGGCGUUUGUAAUAUAAACAUUUUAUUGAAUUACUUUUAGGUAAGAGUAAUUAUGAUGUGCCAUUAGAGUACAUUGUCCAAUACAGUAGCCACAGGUGGCUAAUUUGAUUAAAGCUUAAUAGAAUUUAAAAUGGUUCUACAUUCAAAUGUUCAACAGCCAAAUACAGCUAUUAAUAACUUCUAUACUGGAUAGCAUAGGAAUGAACAUUUCCUCAUUGCAGAAAGGUCUAUUGGACAAAGCUGCUCUAAAGUUACUAAUUAAAAAAAAAAGGGGGGGGGUAUAAAGAAAAUAAAGGCAUUUUCUUCCUUCAGCUAUAUUUUAAACCCAAAUAAAGUUUCUACUUUCUA